AUGGCUCUCUUGCUUGACUCUGAUCCGAAUCCCGACAACUUCUACGCCCGACUCAUCCGAGGCCAACGAUUCGCCGUCAUUCCAAGAUUUCCAUUGGAGUCGGGCGAAGAGCUCUUCAACUGUCCAAUCGCAUACAAAACAUGGGGAAAACUGAACGACCAAUGCGACAAUGCUCUAGUCAUAUGCCACGCUCUGACGGGGAGCAGUGAUGUGAGCGACUGGUGGAGCCCUCUCAUAGGACCCGGGAAGGCCUUUGACCCUCGACACUUUUUUAUUUUUUGUGGCAAUGUCCUAGGCUCCCCCUAUGGAAGUGCGUCUCCUUUGACCAUCAACCCGAGCACUGGUCAGCGAUAUGCCAGCGAGUUCCCCCAGACGACGGUCAGAGACGAUGUUGGAGCACACAAGACGGUACUUGACGCCCUUGGUGUCAAGUCAGUAGCAGCCGUCGUUGGAGGCUCUAUGGGUGGCAUGACAACCCUCGAAUGGCCUCUCUGCACACAACCAGGAUUUGUGCGAAACGUAGUUCCUAUUGCCACGGCUGCUGAUCACUCUUCCUGGGGCAUAUCUUGGGCCGAAACCCAACGACAGUGCAUCUACUCCGAUCCAAAGUUUGACGACGGAUACUACGAGCCGACACCAGAUGGCCAGCCCUCGGCAGGACUUUCUGCAGCUCGGAUGAUUGCCAUGCUGACAUAUCGUUCUUGUACGAGUUUCGACAGUCGCUUCGGAAGAAAACCGCCACGAAAUUCUCAGAUACCUCAAGAACCACCUUUAGAUCUUCCGAGGACAGACGCAUCGAUCAUUGAAUCGCCGAGGUCCAAGAGAGACAGCGGCCCGCAGCGGAAACAAAAUCCAUCAUUUUCGGCCCAGGGAUACCUACACUAUCAAGGACAGAAGUUUAUCAACAGAUUUGAUGCCAAUUGUUAUUUACACAUCACCAAUAAGAUGGACAGCCACGAUGUCGCCCAUGGUCGGACGCAAAUAUUCGGCGACGAAGGUCUGGCAGAGGUCUUGUCCCAAGUACCGCCAGGAGCCUUGGUCGUUGGCGUGGAGACCGAUGCGCUAUUCCUCCCGGAGCAACAACAGCGGCUUGCCGCUAACCUACCCAGUGCAUCAUUACAUGUUCUUAACUCAUCUGAUGGACAUGACGGUUUUUUGCUCGAGUUCGAGCAACUCGAUACCGUGAUCCAAGCCCAGCUGAGAUCUCGAUUGCCGAGUCUCUAUGCCAUGAUACAUGAGUCAGAUGGAUCGGCGGAACUUUCUAUAAUGGAUGAAGCUGGGGAAAGCUUGACGGGAGAAGUCGAGGAUUGGUAG